GGUGGGGGUGCAUCCGAAAGAUAUAAAGCUGGGAUCCGUCGGCUAGAUCUUUUCAUUGCUCAUCUUCGACGAUGUGGAUACGCGUAACGAUUGCUCUUCUUAUAGCCUUCGUGGCUACGGUUUUGGCCCAGGCCGAUGGGCGUUAUCGUCCUCCGCCCACACGGGCGAGUGCUGCAGAUGGACGCUAUCGCGGAGGCAACGAUGGACGCUACACUGGCGGCAAUGAUGGACGCUAUCGUGGCGGAAACGAUGGCAAGUACACUGGCGGCAAUGACGGACGUUAUAACCACAUGGACAACAAGUACGUGCACGACGAUCGUCCUGGCGGUGCUUACUCUGGCGGAGGGGGUCGAUAUGUGCCGGACAAGAACGCAGGAGGAGGUGGUGGUGGAGGAGGUGGCGCCGGGGCAGGUGGUGGUGCAUCAUCUGUGGUUGUGCCAAAAACCACAGCCAGACCCGCGCCAAGACCUACCACUGCUCCACCGCCGGCGGUGAUCGACCCAACUGCCAAUUUGCCCAAGGGUAGUGGAUCAGGCGAGGGUGGAAAUGGUUGGAAAAUCAUCCGCCAGGAGGACGACGUUGAAGUGGAUGGCUAUCACUAUCUCUGGGAAACGGAGAACGGCAUUCUGGGUGAGGAAAGUGGUCGCAUCGAAAAGCUGACCGAGGAGGAGGGUCUGCGCUCCAAGGGCUUCUACGAGUACACAGGACCCGAUGGCAUCCUCUACCGAGUGGACUACGUGGCAGAUGACAAUGGCUUCGUUCCGAGUGCCGCCCACCUGCCCACGGCACCUCCUCCACCACCCUAUGUGGAAAAAUUGUUGGCCUUCCUGGAAGCAAAUGCCAAGGACAAGAAAUAAACUCUGUCCGAAGUUUAAAGAGAAUAAAUCAGUGUGCCAUAAAA